AUGGCGGCCCCAGACUCUAAUACCACGGACAACAAGAUCUACGCCCUCAUAAACUACGAAGACCCCUACGUCCAACCCCUCAUCCUCGCCGCCCUCCAAAAACGUCUCCCAGAAUCGUCCUAUAAAAUCAUCACCUCAGUCUCUCAGCUCCCAAGCCCAUCAUCCCCCCUCCUCCAAUGGGUGCAAUACGAAUCCAUCGACUUCGACCACCUCCUAUCCAACCCCUCCACCACCCUCUCCAACGCCUACAUAAUCCGCAAAGCCUUAAUCCGGAAACACUACCUCAGCACCACCAUCGCGAAUUGGAUUACAAAGUACCCGGAUAGUGUGUUGAAGAGGCAUGUGAAGCCGAGUGUGGAGUUUGAAGUCGAUUAUGCCGAGUUUUUGGAUGAUGCGUUGGUGGAGGCGUGGGAGUUGAAGGAAGCUUGGGGGAGGAAUGAGAGUCAAGAAGAUGAGAAGAAGAAGGAAUGGUGGAUUCUUAAACCAGGGAUGAGUGAGAGGGGGCAGGGGAUUAGGUUGUUUAGUAGUGAGGAGGAGUUGGUGGGGAUUUUUGAGGAGUGGGAUCCUGAGAGUGAUGAUGAGGAUGAGGAAGAGGAGGAUGCAGAUGCGAGAAGUGACGCCGGCGGCGGUAUUGGCAGUACUGGCGAGAGGAAAGCGGAAAAAGAAGAGGGAAACGGCAUCAUAACAUCCCAACUCCGCCACUUCAUCGCACAACCUUACAUCCACCCCCCUUUACUCCUCUCCCCCCCCUCCCCAACCCCAACCCCUUCCUCUCCCUCUCCGCUCCGCAAAUUCCACAUCCGCACCUACAUCCUCGCCACAUCCGCUCUCCAAGUCUACAUCUACCGCCCCAUGCUCGCCCUCUUCGCCGCACGUCCGUACGUCCCGCCUUGGGACGACGUGUUACAAACCGACCGCGACGAAGCCAUGCGCGCGCAUCUGACGAAUACGUGUUUACAAGAGAGCGGGGAUAGGGAGGGGAGUGUGGGGUUAUUCUGGUCUCUGCCCGACUCUUUACCUGCACAACCCGACCUCGGGUCUGUCAAACUAGAGAGUAAACCGGACUGGAAGGAUAAAGUGUUUGAGCAAAUCAAGUCAACGACAGGCGCGACGUUUGAAGCUGCAGCCCGCGGCAUGUCGAUUCAUUUCCAACCGCUGCCUAAUAGCUUUGAGAUUUUCGGGCUGGAUUUCAUGGUGGGCAUUGAACCGAAUGGACAGCUGAACACGUAUCUACUGGAGGUGAAUGCGUUUCCGGAUUUUAGGCAGACCGGGGAGGAGUUGAGUGGGAUGAUUGAGGGGCUUUUUGAGGGUGUGGUGAAUAGGGGUGUUUUGCCCUUCUUUGGGGUUGAGGCAAAAGGAGGAGAGCGGGAGGAUGGGAUGGUCAAGGUGCUGGAUAUUGAUCUGGGACGGCGAUGA